GAGAGCACAAGAUUAUCGAUGGUGCUGCAGCAGCUGACGGAGACACUCGACUCUGUUGGAAUGAUUCGAUGCUAUCGAGUCAUGGAAAAGUUUUGUGACCGGUACAGGCGACUCAUGAACGACUACUUCGAAGCCUUCAACACCUUCAUUCUUUCCUACUCCUUCACCCGACUCAUUGUGACCAUCUUCGGUGUGCUUGUCAUUCUUCUCACUAUAGUCAUUGUGGUGGUGCCAAGCCGAGGCAACGAGGAAGCUGCAGCUUCGGUUGGUCUGUCUUUUCUUUCGGCCUUGACGGUACCAUUUGCAAUGACUGGUGUAUCUUUGGUCAUAUUUUGGGGCGUCUUAUCAUUUGUGGCACUAGAACGAGCCCUGGAAUACACGGAACUACCAGUCGAAGAGGACACAUCAUGUGGCCUAAGCACUUCUUGUGAACUUAAGAUCCUGAAUCCUCGCCUUUUUUUGGAACCAUACGACGGCCUCUGGCCCAGCCGGGGUGUCGUGAAAUUUCAGCAUUUUAGUGCAUCCUAUCGACCUGGCAUUCAAGAAGACGUUCUCAAAGACAUCUGCUUCGAGGCGUACACAGGAGAAAAGGUAGCUGUCGUGGGCAGAACAGGGGCUGGAAAGUCGACGCUUGUUCUAGCACUCUUGCGAAUAAUUCAGCGGACGUCUGGAUCUAUUACUAUUGACGGUAUCGAUAUCGGCAAUGUGCCACUGAAGAGGCUGCGCUCAGCCGUAGCAGUGAUACCACAGGAUCCAUCGCUCUUCUGCGGCACCCUGCGUGAGAAUCUGGAUCCGCAAGGUAGCAAGUCUGACACGGAGCUCUGGUGUGCCUUGCGGAAGGUCGGGCUUGAAAAAUUCACGAAAAGCAAUCAGGGUGGUCUCUCCCUUUUAUUAGCUGAAAAAGGUGAAAACCUAAGUGCUGGCCAGAGGCAACUCGUAUCCUUCGCACGGGCCCUGCUUCGAGGUACAAGGAUUUUGGUGCUCGACGAAGCCACUUCACAAAUGGACCAAGAUACAGACCGCCGUGUGCAAACGACUCUUCGUGAAAGCUUCUCGCACUGCACACUGAUCACCGUAGCACACCGCAUCGACACCAUUCUUGAUUAUGACAGAGUCGUCGUCAUGGAAGAUGGCCGAGUUCUGGAGUACGGGCAUGUUUAUGACCUCUUGGCUGAUCAACGCUCCACGUUUCGCAGCAUGGCUCUCAGCGCUGGAAUACAGCUAGAAUGAGCCCUUUACAUCUCGCUACAGGACACAGAUACUGCCAAGUGCUUGGGAUAAUUGUAUUAUAUCACUUAU